AUGGGUUCGGAUAAAGUGCCGUUGUUGCUUGUGACCGCAAACGUCGGAUCCAUAUUCGAGGAUCCUUCGGUUAUGCUCCCAAUAUGGACAUCAGAGUUCUUACAAGCAGUCUCUCGUAUGGAUCCCAAGUUUAUUGCCUUGCAUCUUCAAGAAGUUGGUGGUAAAGCAUAUGAGAAGUCAAUGCAAUAUGUGCAAGAUUUUGUACAGCGGCUCUGCGAUUGUCCAGAGUUGAGGCUAUAUGACAAGAUAAGGAUAUUCUUAGAUGAAGAUUUCAGCUCGCCAGAAAAAUUUACGGCUUUAGGCAACAUGUACUUCGCGCAUUCCACUCUAACGGAUCUCAAAAUAUGGGACUUCGAAUUAAAGUCAUACGUAGAAGUAGUGGGGAAGGAGAUCAAUAGUGGGAACAUUGAAAAAGUCACUACGAAGGAAAAGGCGAAGUUUCCACAACAUUUUUUUCCUGAGUGUAAAUGGUCGCGCAAAGGGUUCUUACGUACUCGCUGGACCAUACGCGGUACUUCGGUAGAGUUCAUCAACAUACAUCUCUUCCAUGAUGCAUCAAAUCUAUUGGCUUUGGAACCCUUUCCUUCUGUUUACUGUCGAAGUAGGAGACGUGCGUUAAGACACACUCUACGUCACCUCCACUCAGACGUGAACGCGGCCCCGUACUUUAUAUUCGGAGAUUUUAACUUUAGAACCGACACAGGUGGUGUAGUUAAGAAAGUGACAGAAGAACUAACAGCAUGUCGCCUACAAAACGGCACAAAUGUUGACACGUCCAAACUUCAAUACCGAUCGAAGUCUGACGACCGCAUAGUACUUACUAUUGGCAAGAAGGAGUUCUCUCAUAUGGACCAUCAGAAGAUUUUUAGAGAGCCUUGGCUCCAAAAAUUCGAUCGUGAAUUGGAAGCCCUUAGAUCGCAUCUCUACGAGUUUCCAGUGAAAUUUCCUCCCUCCUACCCCUUUGAAGAGGACGUGCAUCUCCCCACGCAUUACAUGAAGACCAGAUGCCCCGCCUGGUGUGAUCGGGUGCUGCUCUCUCAGUCUGCAAGACUCCUCAUACAGCAAGAUACCAGAAGUGGGGAGAAUAGGCAUUUGCAUAGCUCUAAAAAGUCUAUAGCGGAUUCAGACAGCGGUAGUGGGCGGGUGUCGUCCUCGGACAGCAGCCCGGCGCGCUCCGCGUCGCCCGCUCGCUCUGCGAAUACUGCUCAGAUGAGUCCAAAUAAAAUUCUCGAAAAGAAAAGCAGUAUGGCGGAGUUAGAUGCACUAAGUGUUCCCGGCAUUCACGUCAGCAGGAAAAGUAUAGCGGACCCGACCAGUCUGCAACACGCCAUUAAUGCACGGGUAUCAGAUUCCGAGGUAUCUCCGGGUCGUCGUAAAUUGGUUAGAAAUCAAUCAGAAGGAUCGCCCAAAAGUGGUGAGGCUUCGGCCGAACUUCGCAGACUGGUCGAUGUUCCUACUCGACGCCGAAGUGAAUAUGGAGUUAUAGGUGACGCAGCGUGCAUGGGUGAUCAUAAGCCGAUUUAUCUGCGAGUGAUGCUGCAAAGUGACCGAGGUAAUUUUCGUCAUGAAUUUCAUUCAGAAUCUUCUCCUAAACACGUGACCACAGAUGAAUCUGAACCAGAAGGUGAAUCCCCGAAUACACGCUAUAUACAUUUUAAUGCUACUCCAUACAACAUUUUCAAAGAAACGGAUAUU